UUAUCGCUCGCGCGGCUGCAUUCUGGACCAACUGCAGUCUUCGAACACUCUUCAGGGGCAGCCCCAUGCCUGCUUACAAUUGCCUUAAAUUAAGCCAAGAAGUUUUUUAGUUGCCUCUGUUGCACUUUUCAUGCAACAGGUAACUAGACAAAAUCGUAACCUCAAGAAGGUCAUAACCUAGUUACAUCUUAGUCAUGUCACCUCAGACUAUCAUAGACUUGAACAAAUUACUAAUUUCAAGGUAGGAACUGCAAAUUCUAAAAAGCAGGCAAAUUGUUUUGUGCAAACAAUUGUACUUAAUCAUUUUCCUCUAUACAUUGACAUUAAUCAUUUCCUUUAAAGUAUUCGUACUAGAAAUAAAAAAAAAUUACAGCACUAUCAAAAUGAUAGGAACAUUUAAUGUGCUUUCCUAUAAACCAGGGGUGUCAAACUCAUUGCCUGCUGGCCAUGCCUAUCUCUCAGCGAAGGGGGAAAAAGUCACGAUAUGUCAUGUGACAAUGUGACACCGCAAGUUUGACACCCCUGCUCUAAACUGUCAAAAGCCCAAGGAGCAGAUCUUAGAUUUUGCAUACGCUGUUCUAAAAUUGUGAGGUCACAGCGAGGUCAUAUUGGCACUUUCAUUCUUCUCCAGAUAGACUUUCUCUUAAUUUACAGUUCUGAUUGUGAAAAGAUAAGCACAGUUCAUAUUCUGGGAAGCAAGCUAUGGAUUCUUCAGAAUUACCUGAAAAAUUUCGUCUGACUGACAAGCUCUCAUUUGAGGCAUUUAAGUCUGGAUCUGAACUUGAAAUUACACGCUAUGUGUUUGGAUACCGGAGGAGAGAUUCUGAGCUGUAUAAGUUUGUGGAAAAUUUAUUCUAUCAUCCUCUAUUCAAGUCUAUAAUGAUCAGCAGCAUUACGCUCAAUGCGAUAUUCUUGUCUUUAGAAACUGAUUAUAAAGUUCGUUACGAGUCACAUUUGUUCCUGCAGGUAGCAGAUCUGCUCAUUUUAGCCAUCUAUACCACAGAAUUUCUAAUGAGCCUUUACUUGGAUCCGGUUAAUUAUUGGAAGGAUGGUUAUAAGCGUUUUGAUGCUACUGUCCUUUUCAUUGCUUACCUCCCAUACACCAUUGACCGCAGCAACCCAAAAAUGCACCAUACUGUAACUAUGCUGAAAGGAUUCCAAGCUCUCCGAGUCCUCAAGCUGCUCUACUAUAGUCCAGGGAUAACUAAUCUAUUGGCAGCUAUGGGCCAGACUGUGAAAAAUGUAAUCUAUGUCCUUGUCUUAUUGUUCUUGCUAAUGUUUAUCUUUGCUAUUCUGGGACAUGGUUUGUAUGGAGACUAUGAACAUGGAGAUCCACGGAACUGGGGCAGCUUAGCAGCUGCCUUUUUUACACUCUUCAGCUUAGUAACGGUUGAUGGAUGGACAGACUUACAGGAAGAAUUGGAUAAUAAAAAGUUUGUUACAAGCCGAACAUUCACAAUAGUAUUCAUUCUGCUAGUUUUUGUAUUUUUCAAUAUGUUUAUUGGAGUUGUCAUUAUGGAUAUCCAGCACUCAACUGAGCAAUAUGAGGAAAAACUGAAAGAAGAAAGGCAAAUUACUUUGAUUGCAAAGAAGCAGGCCAUCAUAAAAAGGCAACAGGAAGAAAUAUUUGAAUUGUUCAAUCUGCAGAAAUCAACUGAGUACAAAACUUUUGAUGAAAUGGUGGAAAGCUUUAAAAAGAGCCUGCUUCAUUCAGAUCCUAUGGUCUUGGAAGACUUCUGUGCCAGCCUGCCAUUCAUUGACCUCUAUUUGGCAUCCCUUGAUCGUCAGGAUGCCACUGUAUACAAGCUGCAAGAUCUCUACUAUGAAAUUGUUGCCAUUUUUUCUACCCUGCUAUACCAUUCCAUGAAAAGACUUUGCAAUCUCUGCAGUGCUUUAGGGGAAAAUCUAGGUAGUUCAUUGUUCCCAAAGUAAUGUAGGACAUCUACUGUCAUUAAUGUGCCAAAAAUAUUUUCUUUGCAUUUGAAAAAUAAAGAAGAAUAUAAACUGAA